UCAUCCAUUGAAAACCUUCUCAUCCAUUGAAAGACGCGUGAAAGACGCGUGCCAAGCCCCCCCCAUAUUGAGAGCCGAGGCCGUGGCGGACGAGAUCUACUGGGCUAGACCUAACAUUUCCUUAGAGCGGUAGAUUAGAAUCGAAUCGCCAUCCAUUGCAGCCUCCAGACCAGCUGCCAGCACAAUGGCGAGGCGGACCUUAUCAGCUCUCGAGUUCCCAACUCUGAACACGUACUUUGCGAACGCGGCCGCAAUUGACUGGAACUCGUGGAAGAACGAGUUGUAUCGGUUUUCGGAUGACUUGGACACGUACGCGGAUUCGUCGCUGGGAGCACCAGACGUGCAGAAAAAGGCCCGAUGGAAGGAUGCGGUGAAGACGCUGCUCGUGAGAAAAUCCGAAUUCGAGGCCGCCAAACUGCAAUACCUCAACGAGAGGAAAUCAUCCGCCGACGAUGCCCAAAUUGCGCGCAAAAAGCUCAUGGGUGGAUCACCGAUCGGCGAGAAGCGACCCCUUCCCGGAUGCCCAGAAAACGUUCGUUCGAAGCAACCGAAGCGAACUCAUAACAUUCAGUUACCGAGCACGCCUAUCAAAGCAAUAUCUUCGAUACUCGACGGCCCGUGUGUGCAGGAAGGGGACAAUUUGGCCGUCUCCACUGUCUCUGAAAGGCUUAGCGCGUCGAUACUGGAGCUAGAAUCGGAGGAGGUUCUUAUCAAUGGAGUCGAUGCUGGGCGACUACUGCAGGAUAUUCAAAGAAGGAUACUGAAGGAAGAUGCGGACAUUUCGCUGCAGGACACUGAGGACUAUUUGGGCGUUUUCAGUUGUCUUCUGAUCACACCGCUGAGACCAAUCGCAUAUCAAAAUCACAUUACCGCUGAGGAUUGGGCCAAGCUAUGGUGCCAUUUUGAGCCGCGACUGUUACCGGAGAUAGACGACAUGACUAGUCUAUUACCUGACGUGAAAGCCAUGCUUAAGGCGAACCGAGACGGACGACGCUGGACACCACGCAUGCCGGACGACCGAGACACCACGCAGUGCGCUCGUGCUCUCACCCUGCAAAACCUCCAACAGCACCUCGAUGAGGAGGAACCAGAGAGAUUGCUGGAGCCCACAUGGACCGUGAAACAUGUUGUCCCGUUGCUCUGCAUGUUGAUUGAUCCACACCUUGACUACAAUAUUGAUAACGCAACUGAGGCUAGUAACCUACGCCCCGACGUCAAUAUCCACAUGCGGCGGCGAACUUGCUUAUCAAAACGCGCGCUGAUGGCGUGUGAGAUCAAAUCGCCGUGGGCUUCUCCGCUUGAGAAGAAGAAGGACAAAGCGCGAUCGGUUCUACAUUGCGUGGAUUGGUUCAAACACGAAUAUCAUGGAUUUUAUUUUCAUGACUUAACGAUACCAAAGGUGGCGGUACAUUUGACAGGACUUGAAGGCAGGGUGUAUGAAGUGUACAUGCUGCCGAAAAUGUUUGUUGCCGUAGAGGUUGGGCGUAUGACGGUCCCGAGGGACCUGGGCAACGGCUCGGCACUAGCGAUCACGGAAAGCAUUCUAUCUACGGAAGUCUUGAUGGAUAGAAUCUCGAAAAUCAAACAGUACGCUCUCGCACAAGCCUCCCGCAAACCAGGACAAGAAGACUCCCCAUCGAGACUCCCGCCAACGCCGCUGAAGGUUGACACCAAACGCCAGCGGAAAACAGUCAUCAAGUUGACUUCGUAGCAGUGGAUGGAUUAUCACACCAUGUUGAACUUUUCACCCGAUGUCAGAUCGAACAGGAGGGACUUUUGGAGACGGGAAACAGAGUGCAUAAGGGAAAAAUAGAGAAGGGGAGGUGGAAGGAGGGGGGAAUCUGUCGGGUGGAAACGUAGUGGUUGGAAACGCAUCAGGCGGACUAUGGGUCCCAGUGUUGCAGUACCACGGCGUAUGUGCUUGGCUUGUUCUUACGCCGUUUACGAUAAACAAUGUAGAGUAAUCUUCGGUCGUCGAACAGAUCAGAAUGAUGAUUUGCGUGUGUAUGUCCAUCUGCGUCUGUCAUUGGAACUCGCCCAAACGCUUCUAUUCAACUGUAUGUGCAAAACACAGGCUCGCACAUGGCUCCAUCGAGGCGGCGUACUUGGGCAAGGGAGGAGUGUCGAAAAAUGGCCGUCAAAGUCGUGCACUUAAAGAAGCCCGCACAUCCCUACCCGCCUUCAGCGCUUCGCCAGC